AUGGAUUGGAAGCAAAUAAUUCAAAAACAUAGUCGUAAGAUCUUGAAUAGAAUAAGUAUGGACUUGAUGUUAGAAGCAUACUUGACUCACGAAUCAAGCCUCAUGGAUUUAGAAGAUAUACCACAGACAGUUGAUCCUGUAUGGAUACUGGGAAAAAAAUAUAGUACAGUUAUUGAUAUACAACAAAUUCGGAAUGAUAUCCAAUCCAGAUUAUGGUUUACUUAUCGGAAAGGUUUUCUUCAAAUUGGUAAUACAAAUUUCACCUCUGACAGAGGUUGGGGAUGUAUGUUACGCUGUGGACAGAUGGUUAUUGGUCAAGCUUUAAUUUUUUUACACCUUGGAAGAGAUUGGCGUUGGGACCCAGAUAAGAGGGAUAUAGAUUACUUAAAAAUUUUAAGAAUGUUUGAAGAUAAGCGAUCUGCACCCUAUUCAAUUCACCAAAUAGCUCUUAUGGGUGUAUCUCAUGGUAAGCAAGUUGGUGAAUGGUUUGGUCCAAAUACAAUCGCUCAAGUGUUAAAAAAACUAGCCACUAUGGAUGAAUUAAGUUCUCUUGUUUUUCAUGUAGCAUUAGACAACACACUAGUCAUUAAUGAAGUCAAAAAAUUAUGUACUGUGAUGGAACAAACUAAUUCUAGUAAACAAAUUUGGAAACCUUUGGUACUAGUAAUACCUCUACGUUUAGGUAUAAGUUCAAUAAACCCUGCUUAUGUUCAAGGUGUUAAGAUGUGUUUCACUUUCCCUCAGUCGUUGGGUGUGAUUGGUGGAAGACCAAACCACGCUUUAUAUUUUAUAGGUUUCGUAGGCAAUGAUGUAAUAUUUUUGGAUCCACAUACGACACAGCAAAUAGGAAUGCUGCCGAACAAAGAUAUAGAAACCGAACAUAAAAUUGAUCAUUCGUAUCACUGCCAACAAAUUAACCGAUUACCAAUCCUUAACAUGGACCCAUCACUUGCUGCCUGUUUCAUGUGCAAGACUGAAAACGAUUUUAAUGCACUAUGUAAUGAGCUAAAAGUACAUCUAGUGCAAUCUGAUCAAUCACCGUCACAAUCACUUAUUACUAUAUGUGAUGACCGACCAUCCGAUUGGAUGUUGGAUACUUCUGGAAAUCUAUCCACAUCAUCUGAAAAUGUUGCCGUGUCAUUAUCAGAUUUGGAACUAAACGAUAAAAAAUUGUUAACUGAUUCAGAUGAUGACUUUGAACUAUUGUGAUAUUUAUAUGAACCAAUAGGAUUCUUAAUAAUUCUAAAUAUCUGUAUUUACAUAUGGAAGAUAUACACACAAACAUCGAAAAAUAAUAUUAUGUACUUUUAAAGAGAUUAUGAUCAGUACAAUUUCUGGUUGGGGUCUCAAUGAAUGAUUUGGUUACCCUUCCAAUUAAAUGUUCUUUUAUUAUUUUUAUUAUUAUUAUUAUUAAUUUAUUAUUAGUAUCAGUUAUGUUUUAUUAAAUAUUUUGUUGUAUAACACUUGAAAUAAUAUAAAUUACUAAGUAAUUAUUAAACUUGUUGAAAGACCGGUGAUGUGCAAAUCUUUAUUUUAAGAUUUUUUAAAUGAUCAUUGAUUUUGUUAUUUAAUUUUCAUAUAAUUUAUAUAGGAAACUAUUACAGUUUAAAAGCCCUUAAUGUUAAACUAGUCUGUUAUGUUUAAUUUCUCAUAUAUAUGUAUACUAAACUACACAAAAGAAAAAAAAACAAGAUUAGGUUAAAUUUAUUAUUAUUUUGUCCCAAAUAACCUUACUUUAUUAUUUGUAUGUUAUAUGUUUGGUUACUAUACAAUCAAUCAUUGUUUAAUUUGGCUCCUGUAUAGCAA